AUGUCUAAAGGUGCCGAGGAAAACUCCCAGAUCGAGUACGACAGCUCCAAAGAAAAGGAAACGCUGUCACCCGAGGACAGUUCCAGUUCGAAAAAAGGUCGAGGUCUGCUCCACGUGCCUUCAAGAUCGUCAUCUCAGAAGAUACAGUCAUCCCCGACAACUACAGGGCUUAGUGGUGCGACUGCAAGUGACCCCAGAGACAGCAUCGGAGGCCAUUCCAAGGAAUCCAAGGGGAGUAUGUUAGGUCGUCGACGAAACGGUAGUGCCUCGAGCAACCACUCUGGCGUUGGUACCGGUCCAUCAAACACACCCAACUCGUCGCACCCAAACUCCCCCGCUGGAGCACCAAAGCCGCGCAAGAAAGGCGGUCUCCUCUCACUUCUGGGAUGCUGCGGCGUACCUGACAAUGCCAACGCGGUUGGGGAAGACCCACUGCCGUCACACAAGCUCGAUAAGAUCCCCCAACGGGCAUUGACAUCCAGUCGGAGGACAAUUACGCCGUCCGGUGAGACCAGCGGAAGCAAAACUCAACUCUACGAGAAGGAGAAGGAGAAGGAGAAGGACAAGGAGUCUCAAACCCAGCCUGCCCCUACUCAGGAUGCCUCCAAGUCGACCAAGCGUGCAUCCGGCUCUACUGCACAGGAUCAAUCAAUCAUCGUGGACCGAGACAGCGAAUCAAAGCAGACCACUUUAGUGGGCGCCCCAGGACCAAGCAUUACAGUGAACGCCCCGGUAACUGAAAACCAUGCGGCCGAGGAGACGAUAGUUGAUGCAACGCCUGCAAAGGACGACGACGGGGAUGUGGAGAUGGCGGAUGCAGAGCCUACGCCGACGCAGCGCGCCAAGCAACCUGUUGCUACUGCGGAGGAGCAAUACCAAAAGCCGGUCCCGCCGCCUCCGCCUCCGCCUGGGCCGAUACCAGCAGCAACUACUGCCUCUGUGACGCCUCCGGAAGACAAGCCGGCAGCGGUGGCUGUGGUUCCGCCUCCCGCCCCCGACCAGAAAUGGCUUCUGCCUCCGAUCGAACCUCACAUGAAAGGGAAGAAAUGCCUGGUGCUAGAUCUGGAUGAGACUUUAGUUCAUUCGUCAUUUAAGAUAUUGCAUCAAGCCGAUUUCACAAUACCGGUAGAGAUAGAAGGCAACUACCACAACGUUUACGUCAUAAAACGACCCGGCGUGGAUCAGUUUAUGAAGCGAGUAGGCGAGCUCUACGAGGUGGUUGUAUUCACUGCCUCGGUUUCUAAGUACGGCGACCCGCUGCUAGACCAGCUCGACAUCCACAAAGUUGUCCACCACCGGCUAUUCCGCGAGAGUUGCUACAAUCACCAAGGCAACUACGUCAAGGACUUGUCCCAAGUUGGACGUGAUCUGAAGGACACAAUCAUCAUCGACAACUCGCCCACGUCAUACAUCUUCCACCCACAACACGCCGUCCCUAUCAGCAGUUGGUUUUCCGAUGCCCACGACAACGAGUUAUUAGACCUUAUUCCCGUUCUCGAGGACCUUGCGGGCUCGAAUGUACAGGACGUCAGUCUCGUGCUCGAUGUCACCCUUUGA